AUGCCUCACAAGCACAAGAGACGUGAAAGGGAUGAAUCCCACUUCGAACUACCACCCUCGGUGAUCGCCAAGUCACUGCCGGUGCGCGACCAGCAAGCCAAGUCGAAGAAUGGGAAGAAACCCCAGCAACAAACCAAUAAAAAGACCCAGCCUGGCCCUGCCGUCAGUCGCCGCAAGGGCGAUCUGGAAGAUGACACCCCGAAGGCCUUCCGGCGCCUAAUGCAGUACCAAACGACCGGGAAACGGGCGCCGUCUGGACUGGAGACUGGCGAGAAGAAGCAGGACAACAAGAAACGAAAGCGCGACCCCGCCAAUGACCAAAACGAGUCAUCCAAGAGGCCUACUCAAGCCAAGCCCCAGCAGUCGGAGUCGAGCACUGCAGAGGCCAAGAAAGAGAUGCCUAAAAUUCUCCCCGGGGAGAGGCUGUCAGAUUUUGCGGCGCGCGUUGACCGCGAACUCCCGCUUUCGGCAAUGACCAAGUCGCAAAAUCCGGGUGCACCCAAAGUGCGUGAGCAUAAGAUGACCAAGCAUGAAAAGCAUCUGCGACGAUUGCAAGCGGGCUGGCGUGAAGAGGAGGCUAGGAUUCGGGAACACGAGCAGGCUGAGCGUGAAGAACGGGCUGCUGAGAUGGAGGACCAAUUGGAGCUGUGGAAGGAGUGGGAAGCAGAGGCACGAGGUGGCAAGGCUAAGAAGAAGGGCACCGUUCCAAAGAAGAAGGCUGGCAACUCCGGUGGCACUGCGGAUACCGGCGACGACGACCCCGACCCUUGGGCGAAGCUGAAGAAGCGAGACAAGGAAAGACAGAAGAAUCCUUUUGAUUUCGCACAAGCACCUCCGGAGUUGAAAAAGCCAAGGGAGAUUUUCAAGGUUCGGGGAGGGGCCAGGGUUGAUGUCGCCAAUGUGCCAAAUGCUGUUGGCAGUUUGAAACGACGAGAGGACUUGGCCGAGGAGCGAAGGAAUAUUGUUGAGGAGUAUCGCCGAUUGAUGGCCGAGAAGCGUGGUUCCUAA